ACAAGCUCGAUUUGUCAUCUUUCUCAGCAGCUCUCAUUUGAUAAGCGGCCAGACAAGUCGGCUGUAGAUCCACCUCGUCUACCUGUAUAAAAGCACCCAUGAAGGACAACUAUCCUCAAGCUGCUUCUGCUCCCUUUUCCGCCCUCACAGACUCGCCGCACGUCUCCUCGCCACCAUGUCUAUCCCCAAGCUUUUCCAGCCCCUGAAGGUCGGCGCCAUUACGCUGCAGCACCGCAUCGCUCUCGCGCCCAUGACCCGUAUGCGCUGCACGGCAGACAACGUCCCUCUGCCCAUCGUGAAAGAGUACUACGCCCAGCGCGGUAGCAGCCCUGGCACCCUCCUUGUCACGGAAGCUACGCAGAUUGCCCCAGGCACCUGUGGCAUGCCCAACAUUCCAGGUAUCCACAGCGAUGCGCAGAUUGCCGCGUGGAAGGAGGUCGUAGACGCCGUCCACGCCAAGCAGAGCUUCAUCUUCCUGCAGCUCUGGGCGACCGGCCGCGCUGCUAUCCCGGCCAUUUUAAAGGCUAGCGGGCACCCCUAUGUCUCCGCAUCACCUAUCAAGCUCGAGGACAAGGACGAGACGCCGCGCGAGCUCACAAAGGACGAGAUCAGACAGUACGUCGAGUGGUACGCGCAGGCCGCCGCGAAUGCGAUGAAGGCCGGUUUCGACGGCGUCGAGAUCCACGGAGCGAACGGGUAUCUUGUCGACCAGUUCCUGCAAGACGUUUCGAAUGUCCGGAGCGACGAAUACGGCGGCAGCAUUGAAAACCGCGCCCGCUUCGGCCUCGAGGUCGCCGACGCUGUCGUCAAGGCCGUCGGCGCCGAGCGCACCGCUAUCCGCCUCAGCCCCUGGAGUGAGAUGCAGGGUAUGGGCAUGAAAGACCCCAAGCCCCAGUUCGGGUACUUCGUCGAGCAGCUUAAGGCCCGCCACCCCUCCCUCGCCUACAUCCACGUCGUCGAGUCGCGCGUCAAGGGCGUCAUGACCGUCCCGCCCGAAGAGUACGAUCCAACCAAGUCCAACGACUUCAUCCGCAACAUCUGGGCACCGAGACCCCUCAUCAGCUGCGGCGCGUACUCGCGGGAGCUCGCGAUCGAGACCGCGGAAAAGAAGGGGGACAUCAUCGCGGUGGGGAGGAUUUAUACUUCGAAUCCCGACAUUGUCGAGCGGUGGAGGCACGACUGGCAGUUGACGCCCUACAAGCGCGAUCUCUUCUACAUCCCCGGUGGUGGCCCUGAGGGUUAUUCAGACUACCCUUUCGUCACCGAGGCGCAGAAGGUGAAGAUCGUUGCGUGAUGACCAUUGAAGACAUUCGCACAGCGGAUGAGGAUCUAGUCAUUGUAAGUAGGCAUGGACAAUAGAUCCUGUAGUCUGAUCCUAGAGUCGAGGAAACAGAAUGUUCAGCGCUCAGCCAUUACUCGAC